AUGAGCCCCGCGCGCGCGCGCGCGUCGGCGGCGCGUCGACGACGGGGCGCGUCCGCGGCGGCGUUCUACGCCGCGACGUCGGUGGCGACGGUGUUUCUGAACAAGGCGAUCUUCGCGGUGUGGGCGUUCCGACUGCCCGCGACGCUGGUCACGGCGCAGACGGCGUUCACGGCGUGCGCGAUCGUGUGCCUGGAGAGGUUUGGCGUCAUACGACGGUCGGAGGGCGGGGAAACGGGGGUGCGGCGAGGGCGAUUGGACGGACGCGCGUUCCGACGCGUCGGGUUGGUGAGCGCGGCGUUUCAAGCCAAGCUCGUGCUCGACAUGAAGGCGCUGUCGAUGAUAAACAUACCGAUGUACGGCGUGUUGAAGUCGUCGACGACGCCGUUCGUGAUGUUGAUCGAUUACGCGAUGUUGGGGAAAGUGGCGAGCGCGCGGGUGCAGGCGGCGGUGUGGGUGACGACGCUCGGCGGCGUCCUGGCGGGGACGGGGGAUCUGGAGUUUACGUUUUGGGGCUAUCUCGUCGCGCUUUCGAGCGCACUGUGCACCGCUAUGUACGUGGUUUUGGUGGGGAAGAUCGGGAACGAGCUCAACGUGGACUCGUUCACGCUGCUGCUGUACAACUCGAUGUGGAGCGCGCCGUUGAGUCUGGCGCUGAUGCUGGUGUGCGGCGAGCACCGGGCCCUGGCAAAAUACCCGCACUUGACCGAGAUUGGAUUCGUCUUGGCGUUCGUGUGCUCGUGCUCGAGCGCGUUCGUGUUGAACUACGCGACGUAUCUGUGCACGCAGUUGAACGACGCGCUGACGACCUCGGUAGUCGGGAGGACCAAGUCUAUAUUUCAAGGACUGGUCGGACUCGUCGUGUUCCACGUGCACACUGGAUUAUUGAACAUUUUAGGAAUCGGAUUGAACUCCGUCGGCGUCGCUUGGUACGCGUACGAGAGGUACAUGGGUGGCAAGUUGAAGGAGGCGCCGAUGCCGGCUGAUAGGCUCGAAAAGUCGCUCGCCAUCCAUCGCGAAGACUCGCAGCUCGAGUUGGGAAUUGAAACAUCGCUGUCGCCGCGUUCGGCUUCCAAGGCGGCGUAUAAUAAAACGUAUGCGUCGAACGGAGGCAGGAUGCACCUGCCUCACAGGUAG